AUGUCCUCCCUCCGGCUCCUCUCCUCUGCGGCGCGACGGGCAACCUCGUUCACGCUCGCACGUCGUGGAUAUGCUGAUGUCAGUGAAAAGCUGACUCUUUCUUUGGUUCUCCCCCAUAAGAGCAUCUUCAGCUCGCAGGAGGUUGUGCAGGUCAACAUCCCCGCCGAGUCAGGAGACAUGGGCAUUUUGUCAAACCACGUCCCAUCUAUUGAGCCAAUACGUCCUGGCCUUGUUGAGGUCAUCGAGGCCAGCGCCACGCACAAAUUCUUUGUUUCCAGCGGUUUUGCAACUGUUCACCCUAACAAUAAGCUUACCAUCAACGUCGUAGAGGGAGCUUCGUUGGAGAGUUUUUCGCCUGAGGUUGUUCGUUCGAACCUACAAGAGGCUCUGAAGGUCGCAGCUGGUAACGGCUCAGAGGCAGAGAAAAUGGAAGCCAGAGUGGAAGCCGACGUGUACGAGGCACUCCAGCAAGCCCUUUCGAAGUAA